AUGCAUGAACAUGGCCACCCGAAGGAUAGUGAGAAAAAAAUACAAAAAGUACAAACCCGCGCGGAAGAAGCGAAAGGCCUUCCAACAACAGUAGAUAACGCAACAGUGUCAUCCGUGGCUCAGUUCAGUUCGAAAUUAGAUACCAGAAGACGUCGUAGAUCCAGUACUACUAGCAGCAGUAGCAGCGACACUAGUAGUACUUCGGAUAGUUCGAGUGAUGAUGACACCGAUAGUGACAGUUGGAAGAGUGGCGCUACUUAUACGAAUAGUAAACUUAGUGCACAUAGUUAUAGUAAACAAAAAGCCUUACGUGGCAGUCAUGCCGCCCAUAUGCCCACUAGUGGGCUGCAAGAAACCCGCGCUAAGUCGAAUUCGCCCUUGCCUUUGCUAGAAAAAGCCGACGGUGAAGUUGAAAAAUCGUUUGUAAGUGCUAAUGAAAUGAGCGGGAUCGUUGAAAGUGAAAGAUUGCCGUCGAACGCAGAUGAGGGUGAUAGUAAUGCAUCCAGUGAUAGUGUCAAAUCGCGACCGGCCUCGCCAGUGGUUAAAGUGCCGUUGGAUCCGCAUGCUUGGAGUACUGACGACAUAGCAAAGUGGGUGAAAUGGCUAACAAAACAGUUUAAUAUCGAUCCAGAACCGGAUAUUUCACGUUUCCCCACCACUGGUGUUGAGUUGUGUGAAUUGAGUAAAGCAGAUUUUUGGGUUUGUGCCGGUUCGCGACAGGGGGGCAUACUUUUGGCAAAACAUUUUGCCUUGACAUUGUACAGUGCAACCGGACGUGAGACAAGUCCAAUGCUAAAUGAAAAUGAGCCAAAUCCGUAUCAGCUAUUAAAUGCCGCAUCCCAUCGAUUGGUUGCGCAGGGUUCGGGACAAAUUCAGUUAUGGCAAUUCCUACUUGAACUGCUCGCCGAUUCGUCUAAUGCCAGUUGCAUAACAUGGGAGGGCACCAAUGGUGAAUUCAAACUCAUCGACCCCGAUGAAGUUGCUAAGCGUUGGGGCGAACGAAAGGCCAAACCAAAUAUGAAUUACGACAAACUCAGCAGAGCUUUAAGAUAUUACUACGAUAAAAACAUAAUGACAAAAGUCCACGGGAAACGUUAUGCCUACAAAUUUGACUUUCACGGCCUGAUGGCGGCAUGCCAAGCGCAGGCACAGGGUUGUGAUCCCACAACAAGUAUGUUGAGUUCCUACAAGCAUCAUCAUCACCACAGCCAUGCCAUGGGUUUGCAUCAUCAUCAUUAUCACAACCUCCAAACAGAUCUCACCUCACCAUCGUCGUCGUCGAGUCUUGGUUUUCCAUCACCUUCUCCCACGUCUAUCCCAUCGCCUAUUGGUAUGAGCAACUCACCCAACAUUGCAUUAACAAAUCAGCACCAACUUAAUGCAACAAGUACAAAUUUAUUACAACCACAGCAAUCAACUUUAACCACAACAACAUUACCUACCGCUUUAACGGGCGUUGAGACGACGGUUGUGCAUAGCAGUACCACAAGUAGUGGCAACAAUAACAAUAGUACACCCGUUUUUACACGCCCACCGCCAUAUUGGUCAUAUACGCCGGGCUCUUAUGACUCACGUCCACCGCCUAAUACGUUUAAUUAACUCUAGAAUGAUGUGUAAUUCAAGGUACUUAACACUUGACUUAGGACAUAUUUGUAAUGUAUUUGAGUGGUCCACUGGUUUUAUUAUAACGAAAAUAUGCCACCCGCAGCGUAGGUUGUGCGUACCUUUUUCCGUUUAUGGAAGGAGGCAUGUGCUUGUAUUUAGAGUUGUUAAUAUGUAUGUAUGUAAGUUUGCAUUGUAGCCGGGUGUUAUGAGCUAUAGUAGCCCAUCGAGAGAUUAUUUAAAUACAUGUAAGUUUCUAAGUAGUACAGAGUAACCUCUGGGUCUUAGAUAUAGUUUCAUUGCUUAAUAUAAAUUUGUAAUUGUAGGCAUAUUUGCAUGUGUGCAUUAGUGCUAAUUGCAAUAUUAUAAUAUUUAUUUUAUAAGGUGGUUCAAAAUGAUCUUUCCUAUGAAUAUUGCUAUUCAUAUGUACAUACUUAACUCCAUACGUAGCUAUAUGUACUAUGUAUGUCCACAGAUGUAAA